AUGAGAGACGGAGAUAAGGAUGGGCGGAGAGCGGGAGCCAGAGUCCCGGAACAGACGCGCAGGCCACGCUCUGUUCAAGUUGUGGACGACAAGCUUCAUUGUUGCGCGCGUCGCACACCCCGUACUUUGUGCCCACAGCCCUCUGACACUACUCUUGCGCAGGGCACGCGGCGCUUAGUGCUCCAUCGCCAAAUAUCACCGCCCCUCACUUCAAUUCUAUUCUUUACGUACACCCCCAUCCAGACCCAACCAAAUAUUUUCGCCCCCUUCUUUUUCGCCACCACAGCCUACAAUACACUCUCAUCCCCCAGCGACUUUGACGCGUACUACACCUACAAGCAGAUGAUGGACGCGUCGGAAGCCAGCGACACUAGCUCGUUCCAGGCGACGCAAUUGCUCGAUGAACUCAUGGAUACCGACGGCAACUCAAGCAAGAAGCUCACUGAAACGCGUUCCUCCGUCUUGAAGGGGCCCUUCGUCCACACUAACGAGAUUUCCGUUGACUCUCUUCCUUCCUCCCGCACUUCCCACACCCUCCCUCAAUACCAUUUUCACGGCCUCGCUUCCACUCAGACGCAAUCCCAGAAUGAUGACGAGGAUGAACAGGCCCACGAGGGUUCCCAAAAGGAGAAUAUAGGCGCCGCAAAGUCAAGCAAAGAUCAUGCACAGUCCAUUCCAUCUCCGGUCUCUAGAUCCAACUCUCCACACGUUCCUGCAUUCAAACAUGGGCCUGCCAAAGCACAGGUUGAAGACAAUCGUGCUGGACGUACACCGGUGGCCAAAACAACGGGCAAAAAGGCAUCAGUGGCAGUCACAUUUCAAUCCCCUCAAGCCAAAGCCACCGCCGGAAGUUCGAGCAGACCUCUUCGUACCACCCCUCAUAAACCGACCUACAUGCCUUCACGUUAUAAACCCACCUCUCGACCGCUUUCUCGAUCAGACACGCAGGACUCUUUCGUCCGCGAGGGCGAUAAUUCUGCAGAUCGGCCACUAGUCAAGUCGGAUAAAUUUACUGUCCCAUUGUCCGAGCUCGGUCGCAGCCCUCAGCCUUCACCCCACGCGUCGGCCGCGACAGACAGUAUGUUUCGCUCGCCCAUGCCACUGAGGAGGGCUCCGUCGCUCAGUCCACCGCGUGGCAGAGUAUUGGUCGAGGCUACUCCCUCGCAUUCUGGCAGUGACCACUCUCAAGACGAUCCUCGAGAGCUCUUUCAACGAUUUGACGAGGCCACUCAGCUCCUCGAUGAGCCCGAGAACCAAGCAGGAAACAACAGCAUGCUAGUCGACAAGGAUGGCGGUGACGGAAGCGGAUACGAAAGCAGUCAACCAGGCUCAAGCUACAGGAGGCUCUUGGAUGGUGAACGCGACCCCGAGCCUGACCCUGAACCAACACAGCCGUCGACUCAAGUCGACGAUUCGAACAUGAAUGUCCCAUCGACUGGCGCGACCCCAUGGAGCUUUGGCAAUCAACCCUCCAAUCUAGCUAGCGUCUUUACUACGGUCACUGGGGCUUCCUCUGCUGCCCCUUCAGGCUCAAGGUCCUUAAUGUCAAUGGUUAAUCCAGCACAUCGGUAUCGGUAUUCGAAAUAUGACAUACCAGCACCAGCCCAACCGACUACUCGAAACGUGGAAAGACCUGCGGUGCCACGAACGCCGCCGCCGCCGUCGCUGGGUCCUGAGACCCAGCCCUCGGAGAUUCCUACGCCGUCGCGGUCGCUUCCAACACCUCCAAAUCCUUCCAAUCCACUCGACCGACCGGCGCCGAAGUCGCCUUCAGCUGACAUAGAGGUAGUCCCUGAUUCUGAGCCCAUGGCACCAGAAUAUACCAGGAACCAAAGGAGACCGGUUGUCCCACUGCCUAAGGCCUCACGUACCCCGACUGUAGCCCAGCCCAAGAAUUGCAAAGUUAACCAGGACGAAGACGUUGUGAUAAGUCAUUCGGCUGAGAAGGAAGCCCUUCUCCAGGAAGAGGAGGAGGAGGAGGAGGAGGAGGAGGAGGACAUUCCGUUGGCCGCUGUCACAGGCAAGCGUACCAGAGCAGCUGCGUCUGCCAGACGCACCCAAAAUAAAGGAAAAGGCAAGGCCGUCGAGGCAGGUGAAGAAGAAGAAGAAACCUCAGCCCCCACCAAGUUUGCUGCGAAGGGUAAGGCUACUGCAGCACCCGUCGGAAAAAAGCCUGCCGUUAAAGCAACCCAGAAAGCGUCUGCUCUGCCUACCACGUCCAGGAACGCAGGCCGAUCUUGGGAAACAUCGGAAAUACCUUCCUCAGUCCCUGAACAAGAUGCAAUUGGCGCCCAUGUCACCAAAGUCACUACUGUCACUGGUGUGAAACCGAAGGCAGUUGUACAGAGGACCGCUCCUAGGACCAGGCAAGCUUCCAAGGCUCCCAGUUCGCGUGGCAAGCAAGCUGCGUCCGUAGAAGACUCUGAAGAUGAACCGCUGAUGCGGAGCGAUAAGGAUGACGGGACCGAACCAGCUGACGAAGAGUAUCAGGAGGAAGAUGCCGAUGAACCUCCUCGCAAGCGCAAACGAGCUGCCGCGAAGGCACCAGCUGCUGCGAAGAAGACCAAAGCAGCAUCGAAGCGUGGUCGACGCCCUGCCGCAACACCUGCUGCUCAUACUCAGGCAAAGAAAUUACGAUCCGUAACAGGCAGCAGCCGCGCAAAUGGUGCAAAGGGGUUUCGUGUUUUCGCACUGUGGAAAAUAGAUGGCCACUACUAUCCUGGUGUUGUUCAAUCCGAGACAAGCAACUCGGAGUAUGUCAUUGCCUAUGACGAUCGCACCCUGGGGACCGUGACCAUCGAUCAGUUGCGCCGCGGCCAACUACGCGUAGGUGAUGAAGUUCUUCACAAUGCCGCCAAUCGGAGUACUCGCGUGGUCAGCAUUGACAAUGCAGACAAUGGCAUUAUCCGGAUCCUAUUGGACGACAGUCCUAGAGAUGUGCCAAUGAAGGAACUGAAAAUUGCGGGCAGGGCAAUUGAGUACAACUUCAAUGAUCGCCUCCUCACCCCUGAUGACAUUAUCCUUCCUUCCAUGGGUGCUGCAGCCGUGAAGAGGCCGUUGAGUCCAUCUCCAUCCAAGUCAUCCAUGAUUAGUCUUCCUGCUGCCAGGGCGGCGACGACAGCUCCAGCUCGUGGGAUUCGUGGCAGAGUUCUUGCCAAGACCGGUCUCAUCGUCACUCUUAACGCAGAGAAGGAGGUUUGGGAGAAAGAGAAGGUGAAGGUGAACAACGCGAUCAGGACCGGCGGAGGGACUGUCAUCGACGACGUCUUCUCCGUGAUUCGCAUGGAUGGCCAUUUCGUCGACAACAAGAACAACUGCUACAUCUUCGAGCAAAGCGAGGUUGCGUGGAUUGGCGAUAAUGACAUUGAACGGUUGUUCCUUGUAGCGGACGAACCCAAUCAGAAGCCUAAGUUUUUGAUUGCUAUUGCAUUGGGCAUCCCUUGCUUGUCUACGGCGUGGUUACAAGGGACCGUCUCUGACGGGCAGGAGAGGGAGUGGAUAGGUUAUCUGCUGCCCCAAGGCCGGUCAGCCAUUUUGAAGGGCCGCAUAACUCAGCAAAUCGACUACGACUGGGGAGAAUCUGUUGAGUUUGCUAAGAGACUCCCGACCAAUCCUAUCGCAGCCAAACUUUUUGCGAACAUGCACAUCCUCUGCGUGGGACCACAGAUGGUGCCACAACCAAAGGGCAAGCGGCGAGAGGACAAUGCUGAAACCGCGAAGGUGGUCCCGCGGAUUAUCCUUGCCAUGGGCGCGGAGACCGUUGAAUGUGUCACGGAACCUCGUUUUGCGACCAAGGAACUCGACGACUACAACUACAUCGUCAUUCGGGAACCCGAACAGUAUGUCUCCGAAUUGCCGCCUGCCACCACUGUGGAUUGGGGUUGGGUAAAGGAGUGCUUGAUAGCGUCUCGAUAUUUCCCUGUGCCGACCUGGACGACCGCAGGCGAAUAUUCUCAGGAAGCUUGA